ACACCAACACAGCUUUUGUGUUAUGAAAUUUACAAUAAGUUAUCUCUGCACGUAAUUUUGUCCGAUAUCAUUCUUUCGCUCUGAUCACGGACUACCUGCGGUGCCAACCGGUUUCUCUCUAAACCGUUCGUGCUGAUAAGUCCUUGUUAUAAGGCAAACUCUAGCUGCAAUUUAAGUCUUCGAGGAGUUUACAGGAUGGUUACCUUAGCCAAUGAAUCAUCUGGACCAUGCCUGACAUGGUGGUUGGUUUUAGCUGUAGUGACGUUGCUGAUAUUAUAUCUGACAUGGACUUACACGUACUUUCUCCGCAGAGGUAUAAGGGGCCCUCUGCCCCUCCCAGUCUUCGGCAAUGUCCUUGGAUGGAGAGAGGGCAUACAGUACGCGAUGGACGACUAUAUCAAGAAAUAUGGAAACUGCUGUGGAUUUUACCAGUUCUUAUCACCGGCUAUUCUUGUGUCUGAUCCCGAUAUGAUCAAACAAAUAAUGGUGAAGCACUUUGAUCGGUUUCACAACAGAAUGUUUAUUCCUAUUGAUAGUCCAUUAUUGAGUAAGGCCUUGUUCAUCAGCCGUGAUGAGCAGUGGAAGAAGCUACGGCAUACCCUCACUCCGGCAUUCAGCGGUAAAAAGAUGAAACUGAUGUCAGAGAUGGUCAAAGAACCGGCAAGCAGACUCGUUAAAAAUUUGAUGGAAGUGUGCGGUGAAGAAAAGCAAGGCACGAUCGAUUUGAAGGAAUCGUUCGGCGCAUAUAUCAUGGAUACGAUAGCAUUGUGUGCGUUUGGAUUGAACGUGGAUUCACAGAAAACCAAAGACGACCCCUUUGUCCGCAAUGCCAAAAGGGUUUUCUCUAGUCUUGACUUUACAUCACCGGCUCUGAUUAUAUACAUGCUUGUAGGUAGGAUCCCAGGAGUAUCGGGACUGCUAAGGCUUUUGGGACUGAAUGUGUUCCCUGUUGACACCUUAGAAUUCUUCAAAUCGGUAAUAGAUAGAGCCAUUGAACACAGGAGGACAGACAAAUCUACAAAGAACAUUGACUUUCUCCAGCUCGUGCUAGAUUCUACCAAAGACAACGAAGGCGAGAACGACGAUGACGACGACAGCCCUCCUGCCAACCACACCAACGGAAUGUCAUCGUCAUCAUCCGGUAAGACGGACACAAGGAGAAACAGACAACCGUUAACACGCUUAGAACUUACAAGCCAGGCUCUCGCCUUCUUCGUAGCUGGGUAUGAUACGACUACAACUGCAUUGACCCUCACAGCCUACCUCCUCGCCACCAAUCCAGAUCAGCAAGAUCGGCUCAUUGACGAGAUCGACAGACUGGCGCCCACGGCAGAGGACAUCAACUACGAAAGCCUCAAGAAAUUAGUCUCUCUCGAGAAUUUCAUCAGCGAGUCACUUCGGUUAUACCCACCCGGUGCCGUAAUUGAUAGAGUCUGUAACCAAACAACUACGAUAAACGGUCACGAGUUUCGAGCAGGGGACUCCGUCAGCAUCCCGAUAUGGAGUGUGCAGAGGGACCCAAAUCACUGGCCUAACCCAGAAAAGUUUGAUCCAGACAGAUUCAAUAAGGAGAACGCAGCCGGUCGAGCUCCCUUGGCCUGGCUUCCAUUCGGUGGUGGCCCUCGCUUCUGUAUCGGGCUCAGGUUUGCUAUGAUGGAAAUCAGAACGGCACUGGUGAUGUUACUGCAGCAGUUCAGACUGGAAGUAGCCCCAGAAACCGAGAUUCCGCCUGUUCUCGGGAAGGCAGGAUUCAUCAAUCCUCCUAAUGGCGUCACUCUCCGGGUCGUGGAAAGAUCUAAAUAACCAAACCUAUACUCAUCUUCUUAGGAUGUUACCAAAUGCACCUUUGAACGCACUGCAGUGUGCUUCUUCAUUUCAGCAUUCUAAUCUGCCUCUCAUGAAAAUUACAUACGCAAAGAGGAAAUAAAUAGAACAUUGGUUUGAACAUACACUGACGACGAUUUUACAGAAAAACCCCAAAUACAUAAUCUUUUUGUGCAUUGUUAUAACUGCAAAUCUUCUGGAGCAAGUUAGCUUUUGUGAAAGCAGAAAAAUCAAAGAAUAAGAUCAACAAAAGUUUGAGUAAAAUAGGACUAGCAAUAGAAGAGUUAUGAGCAUUUGAAUGUCGAGAUCACUAAUGCUAUGUAGAUCCUCCCAUUGGCAACGCAACCAAGAUCUAUGAUAUCACAGAUGAACAACUCUCCCCUUUUGGACACUGAAAAUAUACCCCAAAACAUAUCAUAUUGCUCAUUCUAAUCAUAUGACUAACGAUUCAUCAAUGAUAUAUUGUUGUGAAACCUCUGUACUUGUCCUCUCAUAAAGAGAACACCUCACCUAGUGAUAGAUUCUAUAAAAGUGAGAAUAUAAGUGAAAUAAAUACUAAAGCAAUGAGGGAGUUGUACGUGUGUGACAUCACAGAUCUUGGUCGCAUUGCCAAUGGGAGGGUCUACAUGGCAUUAGUGAUCUCAAUAUUCAAAUGCUCAUAACUUUCCUAUUAUUCAUUCAAUCUUCCUCAAACUUUCAACAAUAUGUUUCUUUGAUUUUUCUCUUUGAUAUGGAUUCAGCUGGUUUCAAGGGUUUCAUUCUCCUUUAAGCAUAACAGGUGUGUCUUUAAAAAAGGAAAAGUUUUAUUUAAGGAUAUUUGUAGGGUCUUACACCCCAUAUACCAAUUUGCUGUAUAUAAUUUUACACACUAUAUAAGAUAACGUGUGUUCUCGAGCCUUUGCUGCAGGCACUUCUGGGUGUUUCUAAGGAGAAACAGUGAUAUAAUCUGUCCAAGUUUGUCCAUUGUCCAAUAGUAUUUUGUAUGAGAAUGCAAAGUACACGAUAAGAUAAACAUAGCACCUCUUGCAAUGACAAUGACAUGAAUGAGAGCCCCCUUUUGUCUAAGAGGUGCAAAAUUGAACCCUUGAAAGUGAUAAUGCAAAAGAUCAAAGGUGCAAAGAUAGAACCGUUUAAAGAUGCUCCCGAUGUUGUAUGAAGUUUGAUACACAUUCUAAAUGUGUAAAAUUUAUUUAUUUUUUUGUAGAGUGUAUUUUUUAUAAAGAGAAAGAUGAAUCAGAAAAAACCAUAGAAAAUAAAGCAGAAUCUUGAAGCUACAAUAAAUUGUAAAUCAAUAUGAUAUUAAAAAAAUAUAUUGUGUGCUUGAGUAGGACGACUUCACAUGAGACUUAUGAAAUAAAGAACAUGAAUUAAAAAAUGAUAUAAUUACAUUUAUCACAUUGAUAAUAUGUCUGUUAAUUAAAUGACUUAUUUUUUACAUCACUGUUGUAAAUCAUGUAUUCAAACUCAAAACGCAUUAUAAUUAUAUAAUAAUUCUUUCUUUGUAAUGAGUUUUCAUUAAAAUAUAUUUUGGUUAUGAAGCAAUAAAGGCAUUAUUUUGAGAAAAUUUUCAAAAAAACAUUACAGCUAAGACGUUCUGUAUUGAAAAUUGAAAACCGUGAAUAAAACUUCGUUCAAAGGUGUCUUUUGAUGUAAUUUAUAAAUGUUAGUUAUUAUUUUCACGCAAUAUCGAAAAGAUUGUAAACAAAGGCGAACUCAAUAUUUAUGAAUGAAGUUUCACAUUUUGUUUAUUAACCAUUAAUUAUUUUUUUGUGUGAAAGUCCAAGUGGUCCUUGUGUAAAGCAAUUUGUUGCUUUUUUAUGGAAAUGUGGAAAUAAUUUGCACUUCGAUAUAACUCUUUAUUCUAAAAUAGAAAUUUAUGUAUGGCAAGUGAACCAUACUGUAUACCGCGGAUGAUAGAAUUGGAAACUUAAGUGUGUGUGGGGGGAUUCAAAGGUGUAAGUAAUAUGUAAAUCUGCAAAUAAGUUUAUGAAGGUACAAAAAUAUUGCAGAAAGUUUUUUUGCACAUGGAUAGUUGUUUUAUCUCACCAUGUAUAUCAUGUGUACUGUUUGAGAGAUUAAGAAAGCGCAUUUUCCAUGCAAAGCUCGCUCUUUUCAUGGACCAAUAAAAUCAUACUUAUGUUUCUUAAAGUGG